AUGGACAACUCCCGCGAGCUUGAGGCUUGCCGUCUUCGAUAUCACGAUCUGCAGCUCCGCUACAACGAAGCCGUGUCUGAGUUUCAAGAUCGGGUCUCCACCCUGGAGGCGCAGCUGGCUGCUACUUCUUCUUUCGGAGUAAUCGUCCCGCCCGAUGCAGCUCGUCGCAAAGCGGAUCUGGAGUCCCAGCUCGCGCAGUCCCAAUCUGACUUACAAGUCGCGUGA